GGGUUGACCCAGUCAACCAUCGACCAAAUGUCAAUUAGUAGAUAUAUACAUUAGCAGUUGUCAAAAUUACAAUAUUUUUUGUUAAUCUUCUAUUUUUCUCAAGCGAAAUGAAAAAACAUUUACUUUUAGCGUAGUACACUAUAUUAUUCCAAUAAAUUUGUGAUACCACGAUGACCAACAUACCAAUUCGAUGUUUAAGAAAAGAAACCAGGGACCUGAUAUCUGCUCUAUUAAACCCUAAAAAAAUAAUACCAAACGAGACAGGUCUAUCACGUGAUUGGUAUGGUCUUGCUGAACUAUGCGGUAUAGGGGGUGAGAAAAUACCAAACAUUGAACGAAACAACGAUCCGACAAAGAAAGUUUUAGAAUUGUGGUCUGAAAAGAAUGGGGAUGAAAGUACCACUGCCAAAUUAAUAUCAUACUUGGAAACUUUAGAUAGAUUUGAUGUAAUUGACGAUGUAAAGUUAUUAAUAGAGGAAGAUGCAGAAUAUUACACACAACAUCCUGAGGGUUUUACAGUUUCUAGAGUAGAAAUAGAUGACAAAGAUAUAAUAACUUUUGAUGAUUAUGAGCGUAAAACAGCAGGGCUUCCGCCGCAAACUUAUGACGCUUUUGUUUUGUUUGAUGAUGAUGAUAUAGGUUUUGCUACAGACAUUAUUCAAACUUUGGAAGGUCAAUAUAGUUUGAAAUUGUGCGUCAAAGAUAGAGAUGUACUAGGAGGAGAAUCAAACUAUGAUUCUGUGAUUAGGUUGAUUUCUACUAGGUGCAACAGAGUAGUAGUUGUAGUCUCUCCUUCAUUUUUGGGAAGUCCUUCGAAUAAAUAUUUUUAUACUUUGGCUCAAAUGGAUGGAAUUGAACGAGAAGAGAGAAAAAUAAUACCUUGUAUAUAUAAAGAUUAUCCCGAUAUGCCUUUGCAGAUAAAAGCAUAUCACGUUCUCAAUUAUACUAGAUUACAAUCAGCUUUCGGAAAUUUUUGGGAACAACUCUAUAAAUCAGUCAAAGUUGCUAAAAUUUCGUCCACGAAAUCAAACUUGAUAUCUCAAAAAGAAACCAAAGAAGUGCCCAAAAAAACUACCGAAUCAAUGAAACUAUCGAAUCACGUAAAAUUCGAUAGCGAACAGACUAAACAUAUCGAAACGAAAUUACCUACAGUAGAAAUUCCAAUAUCCUCUCCGCCGAUUCCGUCCUCAAAUGAAAAAUUAGAAACGUGCCAAAAGGAAUUGAAAAAGAAAAAUUCUUUAUAUCAAAAAUUCCGAAAAAUCCUCAACCAAAAAACUGAUAAGCAGAAAAGCGUGGAAGAAGUACCAACAAUUAAUGGAACGAUGAAGAAGAAAAAACGAUUUUUCAAAUCGAAUAAAUUGAAAAUUGCAGUAGCGAAUUGAUGUAAGUGCAAAAAAAUAUACAUAUCAAAUAUUUUUAUGACAUUUUAUCACAGUUAUGUAUUAUAAAGAGAUUUUCUAGCAAAUUUAUAUAAUUUUUUUCAUUUUCUUAUCGUUUCCUCUUGAUUUUAGGUACAAUUAAUUUCCUUUUACUUUCAAAUAUCCUCCAUUGAAUUUAUUUUCUAUAAAAUAUGACAAGUUAAGUUUUCUCUUGUAUACUGUUCUCGCUUAUCUUUUGUAUUUUAUUUAUUUAUUUCAUUUAACACUCUGACUGCCAGCGUACUGAAUUUUGUUUUUUUUUUUUAUUAUGUAUUUAUUAUCAAUUGUAUAUGACUGACUAAUUGAUAUGGAUAAUUUAGCGUCCUCAGUCUUUUUGGACUGGAAAUACAUAAUUUGGAAAUUACAGAAAACUUUAUUAGAAAUCUUUUACAUUGUUAAAAAGUAAUUUAUAAUCUAUGAUAUUUAAUUUGGCACUGUUGAAGGUUUUUCAUCAAUCACUAUAUCGUGCGUGUAAUUGUGAAUAAUUGUAUGUCAAAAAGGUCAUUUUUCAGAAGAGCAAAAACAUUUAAUGAUCUGUUACUUUUUCAUUUUAUUUAUAUAGUAUUAAGGGUUCUAUUAUAUAACCAAUGGUUAUAUUUAACAACAUUGUAUAAUAGGGUGACCUAAAUGACCUAAAAAAAAUGUCAGACCUAAACCAGCCCUUAAUAUUCACUCAAAUCGUGCCUAAAUCAUUUACCAAUUGAAUAAAAUGAGAUUUUUGCACUUUUUGCAGUUUAUUUUCCAUUUAAACAAAUGUAGUUAAAACUAUUUGAACAGCUAUUUCUUGUAGAAAAUUUAACGCUCUAUGAAAAAGAUCUGAAUGCUUUUUUUAAUAGAAUUUAGCGUUUAAAAGUUAUUCAAAGAUAAAGUUAUUUUCAUGGUUAAAUUUAUAGUUUUCCUAUUUUUUCUUUACUAUCGCUUUUUGUUUGAAAUAAAAUUAUGGAGUAACUCCAAUAGCUCGAUUCUGAAAAUUUUUUUCAUUUUUAUAUACAAUUUUGAAGUUUUCAUUAAAAUUUACACUUUAAUUUUUCGAAACAUGUAACACAGUUUAAAAGGCACAAAUUUAUGUUCAAAUUGGCACGGUUCUAAAAUUUCUCCCAUAUCGAAGAAAAAAACUACGAGGGAGUUGAUGGUUCAGAUGAAAGUCUGGAUGAAGAACUAACGCAGACUAGAAGUAAUAUGAAGAUAAUGAUGGUCUUUAAGAUUAGAGACCAAAUCAUCUCUGUCAGUGACAUGGCAGUCAGAGUGUUAAAUCCCUUUGGACACUUUUUCAAAUUUUCUUCUCUUUAUUGUGGUUUCUUCUUCAUAAAAUUCCAUUAUUCGUUCAUUUUUUUUUCCGUUGUUUACGAGGGGUAAUCUAAAAUAAAUCACUCUAAUGUUCAAUUUUUGCAAAAUAUUUUAUACGAAAUUAUUUUUUUUGUAUAUAAAAAUUUUGCUUGGUUUGAUUACACUAUUUUCUUGUUUAAAUGAAAAGUAUUCACUACUGGGAACCCACACAUGUUUUUAAGCAAAAUUAAUGAUUUAUUCAGUUUUUCGUUUGCUAAUUUUUAGUUAAUUAAAAAGUUUGUAUGGAAAAAUUGAAUAAAAAUCAUUCAAUAUUAAAAAUAUAUAUUUGUGGCAGCAAAAAACUUGAUCACCAAUUUGGUUUUUUUUGUUUCUCUCGCCAUCCAAUUUUACCAUAAAUUUCCGAUACAUGGUUACAUCUCUAUAAAGGAGAUUCCAAUAAUAGUCAAGGGGUUAAUUUACAAAAUUAACAGUUUGCACUUUUUCUUAUAAAAACAAUUGAUUUUAAUUCAUGAGUUUUCUUCAAAUGUCAGUCAAAUAAAAAAAUUUUCAAGCAACGAAAGAAUAAUUAGAAAAAAUUCUAUUAACAUUAAAUUUUAAUCGUCAUUUUUCAAUUUCCUUUAAUUCGUGAUACAAGGGGGAUCCAAAAUUAAGCAAAAAGUUGCUGUUUCCAAAUUUCUAUGUUUUAUUUAUAUUUAUUUAAUGCCCUUCUGUUUUAGUUACAUGUGAGCUUUCAAAGUUAUAUUGUAUCGGUUUACUUUCAAAAUUAAAUCUCCCCAGUUAUUUUUUGUAAAAAAUGGAUAAUUCAAUACUUGAUAAACAUUUUCAAAAAUUUUCAGUCAAUUGAAAAAUUUGAUCAAAAA